GAACCUGAACCAGAUGCAAGAGCAGCAAAUGAGGAAGGAAUCGACAGAGCAAGGAAGGCCUUUGAAGAGGAAAAGGCUCGCAAGGCAGCUGCUUUAGAGCGUGCCCGAGCUGCAAGGGCUGCUGCUGCAGAACCAGCAGAACCUGAACCAAAUGCAAGAACAUCAAAUGAGGAAGGAAUUGACAGAGCAAGGAAGGCCUUUGAAGAGGAGAAGGCUCGCAAAGCAGCUGCCUUGGAGCGUGCCCGAGCUGCAAGGGCUGCUGCUGCAGAACCAGCAGACCCUGAACCAAAUGCAAGAACAUCAAAUGAGGAAGGAAUUGACAGAGCAAGGAAGGCCUUUGAAGAGGAAAAGGGUCGCAAAGCAGCUGCUUUGGAGCGUGCCCGAGCUGCAAGGGCUGCUGCUGCAGAACCAGCAGAACCUGAACCAGAUGCAAGAGCAGCAAAUGAGGAAGGAAUCGACAGAGCAAGAAAGGCCUUUGAAGAGGAAAAGGCUCGCAAGGCAGCUGCUUUGGAGCGUGCCCGAGCUGCAAGGGCCGCUGCCGCAGAACCAGCACAACCUGAACCAGAUGGAAGAGCAGUCAACGAAGCAGGAACGGAUAGAGCAAGGAAGGCCUUUGAAGAGGAAAAGGCUCGCAAGGCAGCUGCUUUGGAGCGUGCCCGAGCUGCAAGGGCAGAACAAGGGAGUGACAAUGUGUCUGCAGAUUCUGGUGUGGAUCGUGCGCGGAAAGCGUUUGAGGAGGAGAAAGCCAGAAAGCAAGCGGCACUGGAGCGUGCGAGAGCCGCUCGCAUGGAUGGCCAAAGUCAGCCAGAGGAUACCAGAAGUGAGGAAGAGAAAGCAAGAAAGGCAGCUGCCCUUGAACGGGCACGGGCUGCCUCUGGGGUUGACAGGGCCCGGAAAGCUUUUGAGGAGGAGAAGGAGCGCAAAGCAGCUGCUUUGGAGAGGGCCAGAAGAGCGAGCAGCGAUGCCUACCCAGGUGCAGCCAACGGCACAUCCAGAUCCGAAGCUGGUCUGGAUCGAGCUAAGCAAGCCUUUGAGCAGGAGAAAGCCAGAAAAGCUGCAGCCUUGGAACGUGCCCGCGCCCGGGCGCGUGCCGCAGGGCAGGCAGAAGCAGCUGAGGAGUUGGGCCUUGGACCGAACGCUGGCAGGGGUCGAGGGCGAGGCUUAGGAGGUUUUGGGAGUUGGCAGUUGGGUCGGGGUGGGCUCGGUGCCCGCGGCCUGGGAGGUGCACGCGGUGUCGGCCGCGGCAUGUUUGGUGGCUGGGCUGGUGGUGCCCAAGCGUUGACGCCUGGUGUGCUGGUGCGGCUCUAUGGGCUGAAGGCAAAACCUGAGCUGAAUGGCAUGAUUGGGAACUGCAUCGCCUUUGACAAGAGCAAGGGAAGAUGGCAGGUGCGGCUGGAAGAGAGACCUCAAGCAGAUAUGCUCUUUAAGGAGGACAAUCUGCAACCGGUAAGUGUGGACGAGUACGAGGCAGCACAGGCUGCAGCCGAAGGAAUGGACUCCAGACUAGCUGAUCGGUUGAGAUGUCCUGCAGAGCAUGGCAUGGCAGUGGAAGUGGCCGCGGAAGUCUACGAAUGCGAUGUGUGCGAGGCGGAUAUCGAAGUGAGCACCAAGUUGAUGUACUGCGAGCGUUGCGACUAUGCCAUUUGUGAAGCAUGCUCAGUUGAAAUGCUGAAACGUGAAGCUUUGAAAGCCUGAGGAAUUUUGACAAAUUGCUGGCACUGCCCUUUAAAGCUAGAGACAGUUGCUUUGUUGCCGCACUUCUGUCGAAGCAUCACAAUGUUGACA